AUGGCGUCAAAGGGGGUUUCUCCUCAGCAGCAGUCGGCGGAUGGUUUGGCAAUGGAUGAUCAGGAGCCUAGGGCCCGGGCCGAUGAGAUUCCUGAGCUGCGGCGGGGAUGCAUGAUCCCUCGGGGUCGGUAUCUAGCCAGUGACCUCCCACCUCUGCAUACGCUGACAGAAAUUUUCGCUGACAUGGCAUCGAACGCCCUGAAAAUGGGGCUCGAGCAUGUCUUCACUCGGCUCGGCAGUCGACCACUUCGGGUGGCGACAAUGUGCUCAGGAACGGAAGCCCCGCUUCUAGCCCUAGAAUUGAUCCAGACGGGUUUGGCAGAGGCCCAACAGCUUCGGAUCUCGCACGCUUUCAGCUGUGAGAUUGUGCCGUUCAAGCAAUCAUACAUUGAACGAAACUUCCGGCCCCCCAUCCUGUUCCGGGACAUCACCGAACUUGGUGGGGUCGAGGCGCGGACCGCCUACGGGUCAUCGGAAGUGAUUCCUGGUGACCUCGACAUCUUAGUUGCUGGAACUGCCUGUGUCGAUUUCUCACCGUUGAACAACCGCAAGAAGACGCUACAGCAAGGUGGCGAGUCGGGAGCUACGUUCGACGGUCUCUUGCGGUACGCAGAGAGAUAUCGACCCCGCAUGGUCGUCCAGGAGAAUGUUCGGAAUGCGCCCUGGGAUCAGAUGAAGGGAAAGUGGGAGGAGCUCGGAUACCUGUCGGUUUGUGUCAAUGUCGACACGAAGCAUUACUACAUCCCGCAGACACGCGAGCGCGGGUACAUGGUGGCUAUUGACAAGCGCCGCUUGGAAGCAGCGGGCCUGCUUGGAGACUCCAUGGACCAGAGUGGCAUUGACACUGUCACUCAACGCGUUCGUGAGCUCGCUGUCCGUUUCAAGCGGCCAGCGAGUGCGCCGGUGGGGUUGUUUUUGUUGAGUGACGACGACCGCCGACUAGAGCUCAUCGAGUCUAGAGCUCGCCUCGAGUCCCGAAGCGAAACGAGCUGGGACCAGUACCAGAUUCGUCACCAACGGCACCGUGACGAACUGGAACUAGGCAUCGAGAGGCCAAUCACUCGAUCCCUGCCCGGAAUCAAUGACCUGAAGGCACCGGACUUUUACUGGCAUCGUUUCUGGAAGACACAGCCGGAGAGAGUGUGGGAGACCGUGGAUAUGAAUUUCUUGAAGAAGUUGCUUCAAGAAUAUGAUAUGAACUUCAAGGAGCGCUGGAUCGACUUGUCUCAGGGAGUCGAUCGAGGGAAUGACAGCCUUGCUGGGUCUGGGAUCGCGGGGUGCCUGACGCCAAAGGGCAUCCCAUAUGUGACCACCCGCGGGGGCCCGGUUUCUGGAACGGAAGCCCUUUCAUUACAAGGUCUACCUCUCGAUCGAAUGCUACUCACGAGAGAAACCCAAGCCGAUUUGAUGGACAUGGCAGGAAAUGCAAUGACGAGUACGGUCGUGUGUGCAAUCAUGCUGGCUGGUCUGAUAACCAUGCACGAGACCCUUGACGACGGCGAGGGGGGUUCAACCAGCCCCGGUGAUGCGGAAGCCAAGUCCCUUCUCGUUCCCAGCGAGGUCCACAGCCUUAUGGGAAGCAACCUCCAAAUUGCCGAAGCCCCCCUCGUCGACCAUGCUGUUCUCAAAGCCAAGGCAGUGAGCAGCGUUCUUUGCUGCUCCUGCGAGAGACAGACUGGGGUUCAAGAUUCAAUUUAUAGUUGCACACUGUGUGGACAUACCGCUUGCAGAUCCUGUCGUGGAAAUCCCACGCAUUCGUAUCUACAUGUUUCCCCACUUUCUCGACAAAAGCCGUCUGAGUUUAUAGCGAAUAUGAAGGGACUUGUACCCAUGAAGCUUAUGCUGUCUGGUUUGUCCGAAUUGGACUUUGAGACAUUUAAAACCCUGUACCCUACCGACAACCUCCCCCAGUUUUGGUCCGACUUCAUUCUGUGUGUCAAGGCAGCUGUGCACGACGUUUUCCGGUUUUUCGAGAUCAAGCGCGGAAGAAAAUGGCGAGUCGUUUACGAUGGCAUGCACUCCAGCUUGUUUCUUGAUAUUGGUCCGGACUCCAUCAAAUGGCUUUUGUAUGCAAAGGCCCCCAAGUCCGCGAGUACAAGAAGCGUCAUCCGAGAAGUGCUAGCCAAGCCAAUUGCCAGAAUGAGUCCCACCUCUGGGUCGUUCGUCGAGGGUACAUGGGAAGUUUGUUCACCCGUGAGUACCCCAUUCUCACUUCAGAUUUCUGGCCAAGGAGACCAAGUUCGAUCAUUCCAAUCAGAGUGUGGUCUCAAAGAUGCUAGAUUUGUUGAUGGAAAAGUUUGGGACAGCCUCUUUGUUGAAGGAUCCGAUCAAGAUAUCUCAGUUCUUGAUCUCGACGUCCGAGGAAUCUACCAAUUCCUCCCUGACUGUGGAACAGCGCUUGGUACAUUGUACAAAAAAGAAGCCACCGCCCAUGCGCCUCCAUUAUUCCUAUUCCUUGACCCAGCGAAGACUGGACCCCCCGAUGAAGAUGCCUGUGUGUUCGCUAUUGACCACAGCCGCCUUGCUGGAUAUGAUGUGAGGAUUACGAUAGCCGAGUUAUCAUCCACUUGGAGAUCAUGGAAUGUCACUCCGGAUUCGCAAGAUGUGAAAGCUUUCUGUCGUCGAUGGGCCGGGGCCCCCGCAGCGCAAUUGACAUAUUGUCCUGCCGAACAAAUUACCCUCCGCACAUUGCAACAAGGAAUCCAAGUCUCAAUCGAAAAUCAGCACUGUCAUAAUGCUUGUAUCACCCUCAUCUCGCUGUCGGCAACAACUGCAAUUCUCAACCUGCCUGACGCAAAUUCCAAUUGGCAAGCCUGGAACCCCGAGGUCUCGAUGAGAGAAUUGAAAGGCCUCGCCUGGUUGUUCCCUAAGAUUGCCUCGUGGUCUGACUUCGAAGACUGGAACGAAAUCAUCCGUCCAGGCUAUUCAGACCCCAACCAUCCCAUAAAUGGAAAUUGCAACACCUGCAACCCGCCCACCCCAAGUAUCCUUUGGGGCCGCGACAAUAAAGACCGAAUCAUCCCAUACGAGGAUCCCCAGGACGCCACCGUCUAUGAACGUGCUAUUAAAAAUCGACCCUCGCCAUUCUUGGUCUUCAGGCGAAUCAACGAACAUGGAGACGCCGAAUUGCGUUUUACUCUCAAUGUUCAAGCUCUGACGCACCAAGCACAUGGAAAGUUGGUUGGCACUGCAAGCCGUGAGACAGUAAUAUCUCACUGGCGACUUCUCCCCCAUGCGUACGACAUGGGCCACAAAGCCCAUGGGAGGUUUACUUUGAAGAACAACGACAACGAUAGCCCCUCGCCACAACCUCCCAACUUCAAGUUCCAGCUACGUGAUGAACAGCUUCGAUCAUUGAGCUGGAUGAUUUUACAAGAAGAUAAAGACAUGGAACCAUUCAUGGAAGAGGAAGUUGAAGAAUCCAUCCUCCCCUUGAUGCCCUGGCGCGCCGAAGUCAAAGCAACAAUGCCAAAGGUUGUUCGCGGUGGCGUGCUAGCGGACGAGGUUGGAUAUGGAAAGACAGCUAUUGUUCUUGGCCUCAUCGACACGCAGUACAUAAAUGACUGCAAAUUCCCCGUGGAAGACAACGGGCUCAUUGCAACAAAUGCAACCCUGAUCAUUGUGCCCAACAACGUCUUCAAACAGUGGGUUUCCGAAACCAAGAAGUUCCUCGAAGGAAAAUACAAAGUAUUGGCGAUAUCGUCAAUUAGCAAAAUCACCAUCCGGGAAGUCCAAAAUGCAGAUGUUGUGGUUUUGUCAUGGAGUAUCCUGGCGAACGAUGCAUACUACAGCCGGCUUCAACAAUUUACUGGAACACCCCAGGCCCCUGCAAAAUCGAGCGGAGGAACAGGUCGAAAUUUCGAUAGCUGGUUUUAUGACGCUCGUGCUUCCUUGCAGGAGUCUGUUGACAUAUUGAAAACGAAAGGGCCUGAGGCGAUGCUCCAGGAAUUGGAGGCCAGACGUCGCCGAGUUCAAGAGACACAGGCCGACUUCACUUAUGUGCCCUCUCGACGCCUCCGUGGCCAGGCAUUUGCUGAUGCUAAUGGUGGUUGUGACGAGUCUAAUGCGGGAGCAGAAGAGGAUUUGGAUUCUAGGUCUGACUCGGGUUUCGAGGACUUUGAUGCAUCUGAUACGAGACACUCGAUCGGAACAUCGAGUUCUGCGGGCCAACGUAAGAGGAGGCACAGUGAUAAGAAGAUAUCAGUGGAAGGUUCAAGAGGAAAGCGACGAAAACGCCCAUCGAUGGACCUGGCAGAAGUGAGCGAUGACAAAAAGAAACGAGAAGCAAAAUCCAUCGUUGUGAAAGACGACCGCAAGGACUUUGACAUUAAAAAAACCGCCAACCAAGACUGGCGCACUGUCAAAGCCGCAUUCAUUCACGCAUUCAGCUUCAACCGUUUGGUUAUCGACGAAUACACAUAUGCCGGAGAAGAAAAACAGGCAUCCCUGCUCUCAUUACAGGCACGCUCCAAAUGGAUCAUUUCUGGAACGCCAGGUCUUGAUGAAUUUGCCGACAUCAAGAGUAUUGCGCGUUACCUUGGUCUACACCUUGGUGUGGAUGACGAUGGCGAUUGUGACAAACCGACGCAGAACAGCAGACUACGAAACAUCCGGAAAAACCACACAGCUGUCGAGGCAUUCCAAUACUACCAGGCACCCCACAGCAAUGCCUGGUACCAAGACCGCCGAGAACAUGCUCAAAGGUUCCUGGAUCGGUUUGCGCGUCAGAACAUCGCACGCAUCACACACAUCCCGUCAACAGAGAACCUUGUCAUCGCCGAACAGUCGCCUGCUGAAAAGAUAGCGUACGAUACGUUAUUCCGAGCCGUCAAAGAAAACAAGAGACGAAUCCCUGGUCCCCUGAGCGCCAUCUUGUCCAAAAGCCAGCUACCCCAAGAGGCUCUCAUCAUGUCUUGUGUCACAACUCAAAUCGGACAGCCUCCAUGGAACCUCGAGAAGUGCCUCAAAGGCUCGCGGAAUGACAGCAUCAAAUCCGCCGAGAUUUGGGCCAAAGUGGACUCGCUUACUCGACAGGCAGCGACUGUUUGGUAUCGCGACAUGAACCAUACCGAGCCCAAAGAUUGGAAAGACGCCCUAAAUGGCGUUGCGAAGGUUGACUUUGGGGAUGCAGAGCUCAACACACGAUUCAACCAGCUCUUAGAGGACACCAUCCGCUCCUACAACGAGUGGAAACUUGCCCCGGCACACCGCCACCGGAAGAAAUCCCCCCAAACCACAUCUGGAGGAACCAACGAUACAUCUUCCAAUUCGGUUUGGAUAGCUGUCGAAAAAGCCUUGUCCACCGAGGUCACUUCUCACUUGAAGCAAGUCCUCGAAAUUGACCGGGAAUACCGAUUCUAUGACCACCUGGUGGGCAUCCAAACCUUUGGAACCCCAUCAUGCCAGGGAUGCAAGAGCGAUUUGCAAGAAAAAGAAGAUGUCAAUGUUUUGAAGACCUGCGGUCACGCCCUCUGCAAAAGUUGCACUGCCGCCGCGAUCACCAAACUACGCAAACUCUGCCCCAUCACUGGGUGCAGCGGCCAAAUUGUCCAAUCCAAGAUCGUACCCGGUGAGAUCCUCGUCAGUGAAGACCAAGGAAUCCAGAGCUCCAAGCUCAACAAGCUUGUUGAGAUUGUCCGCAGCGUCCCCGAGGACGACCUUGUCCUCAUCUUCGUGCAAAUCAGUCACUUGUUGCCCGUGGCAUCGAAUGCCCUUAAGGCUGCGAACAUUGACCACCGCAUGGUCACGCAGACCAACUUAAAAGGAAUCGCUGAGUUCAUUGAGGCCCCCAAAGCAAAGAAGGGCACAGCCCAAGUACCUUGCAGGCCGAAGGCUUUAAUCUUGAAUCUCGGAAGCUCAAUGGCGGCCGGACUGAACCUCCAAUGCGCAAAUCACGUCAUUUUCUUGUCGCCACUCUUUGUCGCCUCUAGCCAUGAUUAUGAGGCUGGCAUGACUCAGGCAAUUGGACGUGCCCGGCGAUUUGGGCAGACAAAGCACGUCCAUGUGUACCAUAUGCUAGUGAAAAACACAUACGAAAUCAACAUCUUCCAGAGAGCUCGAUCAAGCAAACUUGUUGAGCGUCAAGGUGUCCCAGUUCUGGUGCGAGAGGAAGCGGUUUUACCAGAUGAUGUCGCAUAUGAAGGAGAUGAACUGCCUGAAUCGGCUGGAUGA